GUCUCCAUCUAGCGUGAUCUAGAAUAUAGCAGCUUAAGCAACAAUAUUUACGCUUUAACGUGAUGAUGUAAACUGCAGAGACAAUAUGUCAUUUAUACCAUUGUUCAGCCCUUUCAGAGAUUUCGAAAUUGUGAUCCUUUGAAAAUUCUAUAACAGGUACGACUCGUUUGUUACAUUUUUCUUGGCACAAAGAUUAAAAAAAGCUAUUCAAGUUGACGAUCUUACAGUAUUCGAAUCGAACCAGAUAAAAGUUCUCCAACGUGGAGUGAGGAAACAACGAAUUCAGGUUAUCGAAUUGCAUAACGAUGGAUGAUAUUUUACGAGAUUAAUAGGCAUUGAUUCUUUUGGGAAUAUGUAUUUUAUGUUUUGUCUAUUCCCACUAGCAUGUAUGGAGCUGUAUCGCUUGUAUCUUAUAUGACAUAAUUGUCUGUUUGUCAAUGGAUAGUAUGAAAUAAAGGCUCUUCCAAUUUUAAGUGCAGUUGGAGUUGAUCAAUAUACAUUAUAAAAAGAUGAAUGUGCAAGAAAUAGUGCAACUUGGAAAAUUAUUACAUCAAACUGGAGACAAAGUGUUAAGUGCAUCCAGUAAACUCUCUUUAUCAAGCUCAUUACUCCAUGACUUAAAUGAAUGUUUUUCUUUGAUCGUAAACGAAUCAGAAAAUUUAGAAUCUUCGUUUCAAGUGUGCAACAGUUCUAAGGUUGAUAUAUUUAGGGUCCUGAAAUUUUUACAUGACUUUGUACAGAAAACAGUUGGCUUGAAAGUGACUCAUUGUGCAAAUAAUCCUACGGUUCCUGUUGAUAUUGCAAAGUUUAGGCAUUUAAAAUAUCUGGAGUUAAAGAAAAUUAAUAUUAAGUCCGUGAAAGGGCUACAGAGAAUUAGGGGUCAACUUGAAAGCAUUAUUUGUGCUGGAAGAGAAGGAGUUUGUUCUGUGCGUCAACUAUUAGUUAGUUGUGGAGGCGAUGAUGGCAUCGGAUUCGUCUGGAGUUCAUUAAAACAUUUAGCAUUGCCUUAUAAUGCUCUGAAACAAUUGGAUACAUCUAUGGAGUUAGCACCUUGGCUACAGAUAAUAGACUUGAGUCAUAAUUUGAUAACAUCCGCGGAUGAAUUGUCUUGUUUACCUAAUCUGAAAUACGUCAAUCUUGGAUACAAUAAACUGGAAGCAAUACCUACUUUCAACAAGGCUGCAUCUCAUUCUUUACAAGUGUUAGUCUUGAAAAACAAUUACAUAGAGAAGUUGAAUGGUCUACAGAACUUAGAAUGUUUAACAGAAUUAGAUUUAUCCUUCAACUGUUUAAUGGAUCAUUCAACGUUGUGGGUUUUGGAGAAAAUGUCCACAUUGUUGCGGAUUUCGUUAGAGGGUAACCCUUUAUCUUAUCAUCCGAAGCAUCGAUUACUAUGUAUAAAGUAUUUGCAUUCGUAUUUAAGCGACAGCAAGUUUGUUUUAGACUGCUUACCAUUGUCCAAAUCAGAGAAGCAAAUUAUUACAGACAACCGUUCUUUUAAAAUUAAAUCCGAGCAAUCUGCACCAAACGAACUGCUUAUCUCGGUACAUAGUUCGAUGAAUUCCAGUAGUUUGUCUGCGUCUACGAAUACAUCGACGUUCAGUGUAGACGGAGCAGGAAUAUCUACCGAAGCUAAUCUAGAAAAAAGUUUUUCUAAAAGCGUGAAAAAGUCCAGUGUGAAAGAGGCUGUCAUUGCGGAAGACGAACAAGGAAAAAAGAAAGUGGAAUCCGAUGUCUGUACUUCUUAUUUAGAAACUUCGAAGCUUCAUCUGGAGACAAAAAAACAAAUCCUGGAAUUAAGAAAAAAGUUUAACGAAGAAAACUGGUUAAGUAGUUACGCCGGCACUUUUGUUCAAGAUAUGGGUGCACAGUCUUUUUCAUGUUCUUCAUUGAUACCGGACUCUGCAGUCAAAAGUCUAGAGGGAACAAAUAUUAUAUUAAAUAAUCAAGACUCGAUGUUUCAUUUAAUUAAAAAUACAGAAACCGAUGUGAUAGAAGAUACUGUACGUUCGAUAAACGAAAAUAAUGAGAGUAACGAUGCCAAGGAAGUUCACAAUGAGAUAUCAAACGAGGAAAAUGUAUCCGAAUUAUCGUCAAAUGAAAUUGCAGAUAAUUUUUUGCAAUCAGAAUCUCCGUACGAUCCGGAAGAAGAAACAGGAGAUUUAUACUUGGUUCAAAAGAAGAAAAACGAUCAUGAAUUAGAGGAAUUAUUCUUAAUAAUAACAACAGAUGACAUUAAAGAAAGAGAUUCGGUAUCUGGAAAACUAAAGAAUAGUUGGUCAACAAGUUCUGUGCUGUCGUGUGUAUUGGGUAGAAGUGAACCAGUCACGGUAGAUAUAAUUUUUGAUACGAGUAGGGAGAAUCGUCAGAACAGAAGAUAUUUUGUAGAACCGGAGGAUGCAAAGAAAAUAGUAACAACAGUUGGCGAAAGAAUGAAAAAACGAGCAAUAUCGUUGAAAGUUUUCAAGUGCAUGAAGUGUUCAACUCAGUUUUCUCAAGAUACAGAAUAUGUUACCUCAUUAAGUACAUCUAUAUCAGGAACAAAACAAUUGAAGUGUCCUACUUGCGAAAGUACUUUGGUCAUAGAAACAGAUGAAUUAUCAACACUGGACGCAGAAAACGAUCUUACUAAAGACUCGCCAGAGAAUUCGUCUAACGAUCAAUUUUCGGGAAACUCUGUAAAGAAUAAAUUACAGCGUAGCGAUUCAUGUUCCAGCAUUGGUGGAACGGAGGGUGGAGCUAUAUCCGUCACCACUUCUCUGGUGCACCCCGAAUCUCACACUCAAGCUCAAGUCUGCUGUUCUGCUACGAGUUUAGAAGAAUCUAGAGAAUCUACACCAUCCGUGAAUGCACUAAAUAAAAAAUAUGAAAGCGAUAUCGAAGUGCUUAGUAAUCCAAGUCAGAGUAGUAUUGAAGUUUUGGAUGAAGCCUCCAGAACUCGUUUAACCCCGCACAGAAAACGUUCCUCGGAAGAAAGACGUACUGCUGUCGCUCCGUCUCUCUUAACAAUACCAGAUGCAGCACCAAUUAUAACUGGUUUGACCGAGAGUAGUUCUUCAGGUUCAUUGACAGAUAGUAUUUGUACAGCGUAUGAAAAUAAAAUAAUUAAACAUUCUAAUGCAGACGAAAAAUCUCUUAACAAUAGCAAUGACAAAGAGACUAAAUUUGCACCUGUAACAAAUUUAACUUCUUUAUUAGAUGGUUUACUUCAAAGUAUAAAAAUUGACAGUAAUAAGCCAUUAAUGAUGAAAACGAAAGAGACGUCACAUUUCAUGGGCAGCGGUGUUCAGUAUUCUUACACGGACUUCAGCAGUAUAGAUCAUAGAAUAAAGUUACAUAUUAUUUUGAAUAUAUUUGAACACGAAAACGAAGAACUUAUUCUUUUACUUAGGGCAGACAUUCUUAUGCAGAAUGCGGUGAACACGUUCCCUGGUUGUUUAGUUUUAUCCACAUCAAAAGUUUAUAUUCUUAAAAUCGAUGGAUUAGAAGGAGAGGAUCCACAACGUUGGCUGCACAAGGAAAUCAGUUGGACAAUGGACAGAUUACGAUCCUUGGCGCCGUUGCCAUUCAAACAGGGCGUUUUGAUCGAGUUGAAACAGCCUCAGAAAUUGAAUGAUGAUCAAUUAGAGUCUACUAUUUCAUUCUUGUGUAUUCUACAAGAUUUCCAGAGGACUUCUAAUUUUCUGUUUUACAUUACCGAUACAUCUUUACCACCUAGUUGCGAAGUCGAAUUUACGGUGCCAGGACAUUGCACCACAUUAAUGCAUCAAUUACUAAAGCAUUGCAAGAAUUAUCAAGAUGGCGAUGCUGUAAAAUUACUGGCAUUGUUCUCUUCUGGCCUAUUAAAGUUUCAAGAUGUGGAAAUGCAACAAAAAUUGUCCGGUUUAAUCGUAACUGCAUCCGUUUUAGUGAUAUGCAAUAUGCAAUGGCUGUUGCCAGGUAAUAAAGAAGUGCCGCGUGUAAUAAGGGAACAAUCUGUGAGCAAUUUAAUUGGAGUAGAACAUUGCACUUCAUCGCUAACUUUGAACUUUUUGGAUGAGGUAGCAGGACAAGAAGAAUCGUGGGUUCUAGAUUUUGUUUCUGUAAGUGCCGCUGAGACUGUUAUUAAUUCUGUUCGACCACCGUGGGAAGAAUUGUUCUGGAUUCCUUUGCAAGUGACUGUUUGCAAAGGACAAGAUACGACAAAUGUGUGAAAUGAUUUGCAAUAUCUAUGAUUCUAGUCGAAUGAAGUAUACCAAGCUAUUCGUAAACGAAUACAGUUCGUUAAUCAAUAUAUUUUUUCAUGCUUACUUAGAAAUAUCACGAAAGACAGCAGGCAAUGUAAUCUUACAAUAUUAAUUAUCUUAUUAUUAUUUUUCACUCGCAUCUCUCUCACAUGUUUAUUUCAAGCACUAAUACAAGUGAGAUUUCAACUGGUGCUAUUAAAGGCCAUGUUUCAACUGUCUAAACAUUAAAAAAAAAAGUUUUCUGUUUCAAUAGUUAGAAAAUUAAAUGCUGUAACCAACAUUAGAAGUUUUUUUUUCAUCUUUAUGGUGCCUUGAAUUAUUUAAUACAAAGAAUAUUAACAUAAACUCGUGUAUUUUUAUAUUAAAGAAAAAGAGAACUGUGCAGAGUUUUUUCAAUCUAAACCUGUACGUUUUAUGACGAUAUAAGAAAAUAUCUGAUACUGACGCUGUAUUGUGUCAAAUAGUUAAAUUGUAUACAAUUUUUAUAACAUGACACGCAUGUGCACAAUGAACUAGAAAUAACACUGUUUGUAAAAAAAUCAUAUAAUGUACCAUAGUUGUGUAUCGCUAUCAAUCUGUGAUAUAUAUUUUUUAAUCUCUUCUUGUGUGUUUGUGGUUGUCUGUAUAUGUAUGUUGUAAAAUUAUAUAAUAAUACUAUUUAUAAUAAAGCAAAGAAAACAUGAGAAGCAAUUUUAAACAUGUUUUAAUGUUAAAUGCAGUUUAAAUCUUUACUUGUAUUAAUUAUCGUCGUUGCAUAUCAAUUAAUUGGUAAUU